CAUACUGAAUAUUAUCUGUUGACAGUUGUAUAUGAAGGAAGCUUAAAGAUUUUAUUAGACAACUUGAGCCAAAAGUGAAGGCGUGUUGUGAUUUUUAGUCUAACGAGGACGCAUGUCCUAAACUUUUUAUGGUUUGUUUUAAAACAAGAGAUGGAUGAAGAUGAACGGCAGAGGAAACUAGAAGCUGGGAGAGCUAAGAAAUCCUCCACCAUGCCACGAAACAAAUCCCUUGCUAGCUUCAGACAGAAGCGGGCGAAAGGCGACUGUGCGGGGGCGCCGAAAAAGACGCAGAAGAGGAAGGGCCAGAAUGACGCGCAGAAUGACGGCGCGGCGCAAGACCGUCACGUAGAGCCGGCUCUUCCUUCAGCUAAGGACAAGGAGCUGAACAACAAGACCAACCAUGAGGAACCCCAGAAGCCGGAGAAAUCAAAGGUUGAGAAAAACCAACGACGGAAGGAUCAGGCCCCUGAUCCAGAGCAGAGCCUGCGCCCUGUGGAAGAUGGUAGAGAAGAGGAGCUCGUGGCAGUCACUGGGAAAGAGCAGCUUAAGAAGUUGCAGCAGGCCGUAGAGAAGCGUAACGAGAUCAUUGCGAGGCUCAGCUCCAACCUGCAGGAUGCGCUCGCCAGUAGAGACCAGGUUCAGCUGGAGGCGCAAUCGCUGGCCGGACAGAUUCAAGCUCUACAGAGGCAGCUGCAGCAGACAAGUGUGGAGUUUAUGCGCAUCAAAAAUCACACAGGAGCUGAAAUUCCCAACAGUCAUCUACAGCAGCAUCAACAAGGCCAUCCCUUCAAGUAUGCAGACAUCAACCACAAGGAGGCACCAUCAGGGGAAUCUGCAAGUGGAUGUCCUGGUGCUGAAGGGUGCAGCACAGGCUUGGACAGUGAGACAGACAAUUUUCUGCACACACUGAGGGCAGAGCUAGAGGAGGAAAGGCAGAAGAGCCAACGUUUAUGUUCUGAACUGGAGGAGGAGAUUAAGAAACACCAACAUGUGCUUUCUUCACUGGAGAAGGAGAAGAGAGACCGGGAAGAGGAUCGAAAGGAAAGUGAGACACAGCUGCAAGACCUCCAGACCCAGUUAGGCUCAGUCCAGAGUCAGUGCCUUGAGCUGCAGCAGUACAAAGCAGAGAAGGAGAAGCUGAACACAGAAGUGCUCGACCUGAGGAAAAGGCUUCAGCAGGAGGAACACGCACAGAGAAGAAUGAAGGAGGAGAUAGCCAGCUCUGACCUUCAUCUUCAAAGCCUCGAGGAGAGCAGACUCAGACAGGAGGAGGAGAUGCAGAGGCUGAAAGAGGAGCACAGAGAGGAGGUGGAGAGAGUGAGGCAGCUGCUGGAGGAGAGUGAGAGAGUACUGAUGUUUAGAGAGGAAGAGGUCAAAGGACCGAAGGGUUCCAAGAAUCGGCAGAACCAGGUGAAGGCUGGUUUCAGCUGUGAUACAAAUGAGGAACAUCUAGGAAAUGGACCUGAUCAGGACACAAUGAAUGUAUCAACACCUGGAGAGGAUAUGAUGGAGCGCUACUUAUCUUCAGUUCCUCAUGCACUCUCCCAGUCUGCAGUGAUCGAUGAAAGCUUUGAACACUGCGGUCAGCUGGAUGUCUCUGCAGAUAACAGUUUUGAGCUGAACAGUGACAUUUUGGGAGACGAGCCUCUGUUGUCGAUCUCAAACCGUUUCCAAGAAGAAAGCAGCCUUCCCAACAGCUCCAGUCGGCAGAGCUCCCCUGGAAUUCCGCAGACAGUUGAUUCGAAAUCUCAAUCUCUUUCUCACUGGCUUCACAACUUCACUUCAGACAAGCUGGAGACGAGUGACCUGUCCGAGCAGCAGUUUGACCUGGAAAAGGAGCUGCUGAGUCAGCAGUGUGGAGAGCUCCGUGAGGAGUUGGAACUCAAGGACCGGGACCUAAAUGUGCUAAGGGAGGAAGUCAUCAAGAGUGCUGAAGAGCUGGAGGAGGCCAGGAGCAGGUGGGCCCAAGUCACAGAUGAGCUCAAUCAGGCUCUCUUCGAGCUUGAAGAGGAAAAGGAGAAGAGGAUACAAGUUGAAGAGGAGAUGAACUCAAAAACCCAUGAACAAGACAACCUGAAGAACAAACUGAGUGCCUUAAUGGAAGAAAGACAGAACCAGAAUUUGGUUACGUUUAUGGGGAAUGAAGCUGCUGAAACCCCUCUACUGCUCCCUGAGACGCCUUCAUCCGAGGAGGGAGAGAAACUGGAAGGGGAGAUUAAAAAUAAGCAGGAGAGGAAGGCUGAGCUCCUGUCUCAUCAAGUGCUGUCUCUGCAGGAGAUGAAGCAGGCUUCUACCAAACAGAACGCACAGCUUAAAGAUGACAACCAGCUGCUGACACUACAGACUCACUGUGAACUUCUCAGCUCAGAGCUAGAGGAAACAAAAACAACGCUCAAAACCACAGCAGCUUUACUGGGUCAAAUGACCAUGGAUCGGGAUGAAACCUUAAAAAAGCUUGAAACAACUCGCCAACGGGUUCUUGAGGUUCAGACCGAGCUGGAAAGAUUACAGGAAGAGCUUGACAAGAGGCAGGGCUGGCUGAGCAGUGCUGAAAAAGAGAAGAAUGAGCUAGAAUCUCAGAUAUCCUGCUUGAGACAAAACAUGGCUGACCUGGAGGAGGCCCGAGCAGAGGCGGAGCAGGAGAGGGAGAAGCACAGUAGGAAAGAGGAGGAGAUGGACCAACAGAUCAGAAGCAUAGAGCAAGUCUUAGAGGAGGAACUGGAACAGUUUGAGAAUAUGCUCAAAGACAAAGAUGAUAAGUUUGCCGAAGAAAAGGAGAAAUGGGAAGACGAGAGGCAGGAGAAGGACAAAGAUCUUCUCAGUAUGAGGCAUCUCCUGGAGGAGCAGAGAAGGGAGAGGGAGGAGGAGGUGAAGGCUCUAUUUGAGAAGCAGGCUAUGGUGGUUGAGGAGGCUGCAGAAAGACUGAAGACAUCUCACCAACUGGAGAUGAAAGAUCUGAGGGAGAAGCAUCGAACAGAGAUCUCAGAGCUUAACUCUCACUUGGAGUCGGAACUGCUGAAGAAGCAGGUGGUGAUGGAAGAAGAACAGAAGAGGCAGAUCAGCCUCAUCAAACAGGUGACUGAACGCGAACAUGAGAGGAUGGUUUCAGAGCUGACGGCCAAACACAAUGAGGAACUCAACCAGCUGAGGACGGAGCUGUCCAUGGAGCUGAGGGAGAGCCUUGAGGCCGCCCACCAGGCUGAGCUGCAGCAGGCUAAGGUCCAAAGGACCACUGAGCUUGAAGCCUUGCACUUGAGCCUGACCAGCGCCCACAACUCCCAGCUGGAGCACUCCCAGUUGAACUCUCAACAGGAGCAGGAGUCCUCUGUCGCUAAAGUCCAGGCCUCCCUGAGGGACACAUUCGCACAAGAAAGUGCUCUACUGCAGAGUCGACAUCAGCUCGAUCUGGACCAGAUCAGACAGCAGAACCAGGAGCAGCAGGAGGGACUGCGUGAGCUGCACCUACAAAACAUGAAUAAGUUGAAGCAGCAGUGGGAGACGACUAUAGCUCAGGAGAGAGCUGCAGUGGAGGAGAAGCAGGCCAAAGAGAUACAGGCUUUAAGGUCACAGUGGGAGAACAACGCUAAGAGCACCCAGUCAAAACUUCUCUCAGAUAGCCAGAACACUCUCACUGCAACCCAGAAGGAACUUGCUGACACCCAGGCAUCCCUCACGCAAACCAACAAAGCUCUUACAGAAGCUCAGGCAGCUCUGUCCAAGAUGCAGUCAGAGCUGCGGGGGUCAUCUGCCCGGCUGGAGGAACUAAAGACGUCCAGUGAGGAGGAGAAGCAGAAACUGGAGGAGGAGCUUAAACAAGCCUGGGCUGACAGAAAUGCAGCUGCUAGUGCUCUGGAGGAGUUGGUUUCUAGUCAUAAGGCAGUGCUGCAGGAGAAAGAAAAGCAAGCACUCCACCUACAGGAGCAGGAACACAAACUGCAGCAGGAGGUUCUGCGCCUGCAGGAGGAGAAGACCUUAUUAAAGCAGAGCUCAGAAGAAGAAGUAGGUCAGCUGUGGAGCCAGCUGGAGAGCAUGAGGACAAGUCGGCAAGAGCUGGGAGAGCUGAAGGAGCAGCUGCGCGCUCGCUCGUCUCGUGUCGAUGACAUUGAGCGCCUGAAGUCAGAGUUUAAUGAUCAAAAACGGGAAAUAAAGGAGCAGAAUGAGGCUGAGCUGGAAAGCUUGAGGAGGUACUUUGAGCAGCGGUUGCAGGUCACAGAGGAGAGCUACAGAGAGGAAAUCGCUCUGCUCCAGCUGAGGCUAGUGGAAGGUGCCAUGGAAGAGUCUGUACUAACUAGUUUCAUCUCCCAGAGCCAAGCAGAGGGGGGGAAAGAUCACAUGGCUCUUGAUACUAGCCUUAACCUGGAGAAACAAAAGGAAGAGCUUGACAGUUUGCUACUUGAACGGGAGGAAAAACACACAGUGGAGCUUUCAAAUCUUCGAACUACUAUGGCUCUGUCCUUCAAGGAAGAGCUGCAACAGGUGCGCUCCGACCUCACGGACUUCUACUAUGAAGAACUGCAGGAGAUCAAGACUCGUCACGCACUGGAGCUGGAGCAACUCAGAGCCAAACUGUCUGACUGUCACUUACAAGACCUGACCCAACUUCGUUUUGAGGCAGCUCGGCAGGCUGAGGUGGAAGUUGAACAGCGGAUGUGGUGUUACACUGAGGAGCUACAAGCAAGCAUGACCAUCAUCCACAACCUGGAGAAAAGAGUGUCCGGCUUUAGUGUACAACAUGAUGCUGAAACGCAACACAGUGCACAAAAGCAGGACAUUGAUGUUGAACCCCAGCGAGAAGAAGCUCUGAAACAAGAGAAGGGUCGUUUACAGGAGGAGAUGAAGAGGCUUAGACAAGAACUCCAAGAGAAGCAUGGAGAUGAACUUGCUGCCCUGAAGUCAAAUCAUGACAGAGAGAUGGAGGAAGAGAGGACAGGCUUCGAAAAAUCUCUUCACGAGGAGAGGGAGAAGUUAAAGGCUCUUCAGGCAGCACUUGACAACGAUGAGAGCCCACAGGUCAUCGUAGUGAGGCAAAGACUUGAGGCCCAGUAUGACAGUGAGUUGAAACAGGCGAAGAGUCGUAUGGCAACAGACAUGAAGGAGCUCACUGAUCUCCUCCAGGAGCGAAGUGAGGAGCGGCUACGACAAGCACAUGAUAGGUUUCAAGAUCAAAAAGCAUCAAUGGAGCAAAGUUUGUGCCAAAGAUAUGAAACCUCUCUGUCAGAGCUGAAGAGCAACCAUCAAACUGAACUGCAACAUGAGAGAGACACACUACUGAACAAACACUCCCAAGAGAUGGAUGCACUCAAUGCCAAACACAAAGCACAACUGGACUCUCUCAGUGCCAGUCACAGAGGGCAGCUUGAAGCUCUGACUGUUGAGCUAGAAUCCAAACACAGCGCUGAGCUUGUCGCCUUGGAAGAGGCUCUCAGUUUAAAACUCAAGACAGACCAUGAAAGUCUGGAGAUUAUGUUGAAGGAGACCAACCUGGCUCAGCUGGAGGCUUUGGAGGCCGAGCUAGCUCGAAAACACCAGGAAGAGAGGGAUGAACUGGAAAAGAGGAUGCUUGGUAAUAUGGACACUUUGGAGGCAACGUACCUAAAAGAAGUGCAAACAUUGCGUGAUGAAAUUAUGCAACUCAAAGAAAGACAUCACCAAGGUCUGAACCGCCAGAAGUCAGAGCAGAGGCAGCUGAUGGAGCGCACUGCCGCAGAGCAGCUGUCUGUCAGGGAGGAACUGAGGAAGGAGCUGGCUCAGGUGCACAUUGAGAAGUUUAGGGCCAUGGCAGCUGAGCUCAGCCACGUUCACAAGACUGAGCUGGCAGCUCAAAAAGAGGCCUUGGAUACUGAACACUGCAACGCACUGGAGACCAUAAAGAAGCAGGUUUUAGAAGUGGAACAACAACACAGCUUUGCUCUUGAGGAGCUCUCACGUACCUGCUCUAAUGAGAAAAAGCAACUAACUGAGCAGCAUGAACUCCAGCUACAGGAGCUGAGGAGCGUCUCUGCACGAGAGUUGGAGGCAUGCCGCAGAGAGCUGGAAGUGGAGUCAUCGAGGCAACGGCAGCACUUCCUAGAAGAGGUGGAGCUCCUUAAAGUCCAAUCAGAGGAGAGGCUGCAGGACCGGAUUAAUCAGUUGAAGACGGAGUGUGAGGAGCAGAAGCAGGCGGAGCUUGAGGACUUGAAGCGGAGCUUCAUAUCUGAACAGGAGGAGAAGGAGCAGAGCUACACCGGCAAAAUGAGUCAGCUCACUGCCCAGCUUCAGCAGCUGGAUGCUGUGGUGGCCCAGCUGCGAGCAGAGGUCAGCUGUCUUCAGGGAGAGUUAGAAGGGAAGCGUGCAGAGAUGGACACGUUGGACACUCUCCUCCAACGAAGGGAUCGUGAGAGUCAGGAGGGAGGAAACCUACUGAAGAUGCUCACUGAUGACCUGCAGACUGCCAAAGAGGAAAGAUGUAACCUCAACCACGCCAAUGAAAAGCUGAAGAAGGUGCUGAUUGAGAUGAUUCGCAGCACAAUUGCUACAGAAGAGCUGAUUGGACAAAAGAUCAGUGCCCGAGCUAAGACAUCUGAGCGGGCGUCCCAUCAGAGGAGCUCAACAAGUGCAAACAAGGAUGCUCAAGACUCAGAUGAACUGGAGCUGACCCACCUGCUGUGCGAGAGCCUGCUGGUUUCAGACACUCAGAUCAAUCCUGGGGGAGAAGAAGCCGCUCUGAAUGCCUGCAGCAGACUGCGUCACACUGUUGACAUGCUGCUGGAGCUGCUCAACGAGGCCAACACACAGCUGGAGCAGACUCAUGAUGUCCACCUUUCUCUGGAGGAAAAGUUCUCUAAGGGCAGAGAAGACUCCGCUCAGCUCCUUGAGCAGCACAAGCUCCUGUUGGAGCAGCUCGAUCAAGAAGCCAAGCUGAAGAGUCAACUCCAGCUGGAGCUCCACAAGGCCGAGGGGCUUCUGGAGGGCUAUGUAGCUGAAAAAGCCAUCCUCGAGGAGUCCCUGCAGCAGAAGGAGUCCCAGGAAGAGAGAUUAGUAGAAGAGCUGGAGGACCUGAAGGUGAAGCUGCACCAGAUGCAGGGCCUCACCACAGAGCUGGACAGCCUCAGACUGAAGCAUCAGGAGCUCGGCGAGGAGCACACACUUCUCCUGCGCCAGAAGGAGCAUCUUUCUGCAGGCCUUGGGGAGAGGGAGAAAGCUCUUCUGGAAGAGACUGAGCGCCUGGCUCGGGAUCGGCUGGACUUGCAGCGGCAGGCAGAGAAGGACCGCAGUUCUCUGUCCCUGCGCCUCAGGGCCCUGGAAAGAGAGCUAGACGAGCAGGAGACAAAGGGCCUGGAGACGGAGCAGCACCACAAGACUCAUACAGAAGACCUCCACCAGCGAGUCCAAGCGCUUGAGAAACAACUGAAACAUGACCGCCAGUUUAUCGAGGAGCAGGCUGUGGAGCGUGAACAUGAGAGGGAUGAGUUCCAGCAGGAGAUCAGAAGGCUGGAGGCCCAACUCAGACAGACAGCAAGCGUGGAUAGUAAAGGACACAGGUUUGAGGACUUGGUUCUGCAGGUGGAGAGUCUGCAGACUAUGAUCAAAGACAAGACGGAAGACCAUGCAUCCUUGCUUGCAGCCAAUCAGCAGGCCCAGCGGGACCUUGCAGAGCGCAAUGAGGAGAUAGACAAGCUAGCUGGACGAAUCAGAGAGCUUGAACAAGCCCUACUCAACAGUACUGAGAGUGACAGAUCUGUCAGUCAGCUGGAACAAGAGCUCCACAGAGCAAAGCUGAGAGAACAAGAGCUGACACAAGAUAAGCAGGCUCUGGAGCAGCAGCAGCUGUCCAACAGGCUUCAGAUCUCUGCCCUUCAGUCCAAACUGGAUGAGACAAGGCACUGUUACCACGACAACUCACGUGACCCCACCCAGGAGCUGAGAGAUGCCCUGGACACCGCUCAGCAGAGCCUGCAGAGCAAAGAGCAAGAGGCUGAGAUCCUGCUCAGCCAGCUGGAGACUGUGCAGAGUGACUUGAGCAUCAAAGAGGUCGAACUGAAACACCUCACACUACAGCUGGAGCUGCUGACCAAUCAAAAUGCAGCUCAUGUGAAGGAGCUCCAGGAACAGAUUGCUGCUUUAGAAGAAAAUGUGUCUGCUCUCACCAUCCUCAAGGAGGAGAACGAUGAACAAAGUGAGGUGGAGGAAAGGGAUGAAGAGAACCUCCCCUCUGCGUUACUCCAGGAGAAAAAUCACGAGAUCGACCACCUCAGCAACGAGAUCCAAAGGCUUGAGCAGGAGCUGGAGAGUACCAGGGACAACAAGGUUUUGGAGGUUGAGCUGGAGGAUCUGCGCUCACAGGUGGAGCACCUUAAGUCUGAGGUUGUGAGAGUGCGUGAGGACAAACAGGAAGAAGAGGAACGCCUUCAUGAGGUCAUCAGCACACUGCAGGCAGAACUUGCCACUCUAGGCCCCAACCUGCAUGAAGUCAGUGACUCUCAGGAUGGCGACAGCAUCAAUCCCUCACCGGCUCCUAGCCCAGAACCUCGACACUACCCUGUCCAGGAGCAAGAGAGGAGGGCAGGACCAAGAAGCCUGAAGCAGGAGCUCAGUCUAAAUCAAGCGAAAUCGUCUCGCCCGUUUCGAUCUCGCCUCAAAGCUCUUCAGAGUCAACUGGACACCGCUGUGGCAGAAAAAGAUGGACUGGAGAGACUGCUGCUCACUCAGGAGGAAGAGUACAGAGGGCACGGAGAGGAGUUUGGAAAGAAGCUGAAAGCUGAGAGAGGGAGGAACGAUGAACUCCAAGGUAACCUCACAGCUAGAGAGGCUGAGCUGAAGGAACUCAGAGCCCAGAUAGAAGAGAAGAGAAAGCUGUCACAAGAGGAGAGAAAUAGUUAUCAAACUGAAGCCAAAGAGAUUAGCGCCCUGCAUGAGAAGAACACCCAGCUCAGCUCUCUGAUUUUGGAACUCCAAAAGAAAGAACAGGAGAGCAUGAGGGAAAUCACAGCUCUCAGAGCGAAGAAGCAAGAGAUGAAAAUGGAAACAGAAGUCCUUCAAGAAUCCAGCCUGACUCUGGAGAGACAGGUCCAGGAGGGACGAGCCGAGGUGGUGGACAUGGAGGAGCUGGUUGCUGAGGAGAGGACGAAGGUUAAAACUCUGGAGACUGUGAAAGAAGAGCUUUCUGUGGAGCGAGAGGCACUGAGGAGGAGGGAGGGACAACUUCAGGUGGAAAUUGAAAGGCUCAGACAGGAGGUGACCUCAAUGAGAGCCUGCAUCCAGAACCUGACGCUUCAGCUCAGUGAGAGGGAAAGCAGUCAAGAGGAGGCGCAAAAGGAGGUGUUGACACAUGCAGAGGUGACUCUGGCCAAAGCAGAUGCUGCCUUGAGACAAAAGGAGGCUGAGCUCACCAGACUAAGGACUGAGUGUCAGGCUCUAUGGACGGAACUGACCGCGGUGAAACAAGGACUGAGUAGCAGCGCGGAAAGAGCUGAGAAACUACAUGUAGAAGGACAGACCAAAGACAGAGCCCUAGUCGACCUGGAGACAGACAACCGGCGGCUGAAAGCGGAGCUUCGACAUCUACAAGAGGACCUGGCUGUUCAAGAAGAGGAACUGGCCUAUCAGCAAAGAGAACUACAGCAACUCAGACAGAUCUGUCAGCAGCAGCAAACACUACCUCACCUACAAGGAUACUCACAGAAAGAUAUUUCUCACAGAGCCUUUGAGGAUGGCGUUUCCCGCGAUGAAGCCUCUCUGAGCUCUCCGGAGGUUUUGAGGAGACUCGAGCGUUCCGAAGACAGAAUACCAGAGCACUUCCACGCCUCGGUUCUCGGCUCUCGCCUGUCCGAGCUCAGCACACUGAACAGCACAGGCCUAGGUUUCCCGGAGGUCAAAACCUCUCUCAGGGUUGAAAUGGAGCCUCCGCAUUCCAGGACCAUCACACCAGAGCCGGCCACACAGAGUACCCACUCCCCAGGCUCCAUGUCGGACAAUUUCUCCAUGAUCGACUCGGUGGACACUGACAAGGUGCGUGAGUUGGAAGGACUAACAACACCUCCAUCUCCUCUUGGCUCCACCUCCUCCUUGUCUGCUCCAGAAUGGGCCAGUGAUGGAUAUGGCAGCAAUGUGAGUUCAGAGUUGGGUGCGAGGCUGAGAGUGGAGUUAGAACAGACUGAAAGGCUGGACGCUCAGUUUGUUGAGUAUCUCCGCUGCAGAGGAAUUAACCCCACAGUUAACACAGACAGUGCUGCAGGGAGCAUGAGCUACAGUGAUGACCUGCUGUCACCUGAACUCCAGGCUCUGUUGAAGAAAGUGUAUCAAGAAAGCUGCAGGAUUCUCACUUUGUCCCAGCGUCGAGGCACUUCUUCAACCCAGCCUCACGGUGGGGACUUGAAAGUCUUUUCAGUGAGUCAUUACUCUGAAGAAAGCUCCACACCACUGGACCCCCAGGACAAACCGUCCUCCAACCCUCCAAUGGGCUGGCAGCAGGAGAAGAGGGCGCUUCAGGAGACUGUGAUCGCUCUCAGAGAGCUGCUCUGUCGGAUGGCUCAGAGACACACACAAACUGACUCCAGGGGUGAUGAUGACUGGCACAGAGAUCAGUUCUGCACUGACGGACAGGUAGAAUAUCAACUGAGGGCAGAGCUUGAGGAGAGCCAAAGACACCUGAAAUGUGCUCAUGACACACAGCAAGAGCAGAAGAACAAAACACAGUCGCUGAGGCUGGCUGUUGAAGAGGGCGAGGAAGCUUUGAGGAGGGAGCAGAGCCGAUUGCAGGAGCUUCAGCAACAACUGGAGCAGGAGAGAGCUCUGAGUCUCCGAAGGGACAGAGAGGAGGAGGAAAAGAGAGAGGCUGUGCACAUAUCUGCUGAGCAGCAGAGGUCGGAGGUCAUGGCUCUGAAAGGUCAGGUGGAGCAGGAGAAGGUGGCCUGCAGCAACCUCAGACGAGAGCUCCAGAUCGAGCAGUCCCGCAGCGUGCUUCUGGAGAAACGUCUAGGUGACAAUCAGAAGGAGCUGGAAGAUGAACGCCAAAGUUCUGCUCACCAACAAGAGCUGAGCUUCCAAGAAAGGACUCGUCUUGAACGCCUCCUGACUGAAGCAGAGUCUCGCCUCGCAGAAGUUCACUCUAAAGUUGCAGAUGCUCACAGACAGCUGGAUGAAGAGAGAGGCCGGUGCUCCAGGCAGGUGGAUGAACUCAGCCGCAGACACCAGUCCGAUGAAGCCAGAGACAGGAAGUUCAUCUCCGACCUGCGCGCCCAGCUUGAGCAAGAGCGACGGCAGGGGGAGGAGCUGGCUGCUGCGACGGACAAACUGAGGGCUGAGCUACUGCAGAGCAGGAGGAGAUGGGAAGAGGAGGACAGAACAAGGAGGGAGGAGCUGCAGAGGGAGCAGGAGGCUGCCACUCGACAUCGUGUCGCUGUUGAAGCCUUGAGAGAACAGAAACAGGAAGCCAGUCGGGCCUUAGAAAAGGAGCGGGAGCAGUUCAGACACCAAGGGGUGGAGCUGUCCGAGCUGAAGGAGAGACUGCGACUGCUGAAGGACAAAGAGAGGGAGAGGGAGGAGCAGUGGGACAGAGAGAGGAGGAAGGAGAGGCAGGAGCAGAUGGAGAGGGAGAGAAGACAGGAGAAGACUAAUAACAAACUGUGUGAGCUGGAGUUGUUGAGGCAACAGGACCAGCAGCGCAUGCAGGAGCUGCAGCACACUUUGGAAGAACUGGAAAGAGAGGAGAGAGAGAUGGCUGCUCAAAGACUGUCUGGAAGGACAACAGGGCAGCAACACAAGUCUUCAUCCUCACGGAGCAACUUCCAAACGGGUAGCGCACAUCAAAGCAAGCAGAAUCAGUCCAGGCCGUCCUCGCCCAAGCUGCUGGAAAAGUUGUUGGAGGAGAACUCGGAGCUGACUGAGCGUGUCACAUCACUGAGUCAGGAGAAAGCCGCCCUCAAACACAGACUCACCUGCCUGGAGCGAGAGCUGCGUCGCACAGAGAAUGAGCUAGCCAAGGUCACCACAGAAACUGAGAACAGACCUAUCAAUGAUUUGACUAACAACUUAAAGGUGCAGCGUUUGUAUGAGCGUUACCUGCGCGCUGAGAGCUUCAGGAAAGCUCUGGUGUACCAGAAACGUUACCUGCUGCUGCUGUUGGGAGGUUUCCAGGAGUGUGAGCAGGCCACACUGUGUCUCAUUGCCCGUAUGGGGGCACGGCCGUCACCACCUCUCUCCUCCCAGCACAGACCCCUUGGACGAUUCAGAGCUGUUGUACGAGUGGUCAUAGCUGUCUCGAGGAUGAGGUUCCUGACCAGGAAAUGGAACAGAGCAAUCAGACGAUUGUCCGUACCUGGAGCUGUUAAUGGGCAUGCUUCAGGACCCAAAGCUGAAGUUUUAAGACGGCAACACCUGAGACUGAAUUCUGACUCGCAACCAAACCGAGACAACAGUGCCGUUCAUAGAGACACAGUGUCUGCCCUCAUCCCACCCAGCAAAUCACCUUUUAGGUUGCACAACAGGUCGUACUCCAGCAGCAGUCUGGCCUCUGGGCUUUCAGGAGGGACCUCUCAGGAUCCUGAGCGAACCCUGACAGAACAUAUUCACCUUCUGGAGAAGGUCCAGCAGCGGUUGGUGGGAACCAGGCUAGGUUCAUCAGUGCUCCAGCCUGACCCAAAGCUGAAAUGAUGAAUGUCUCCCAUCUGCAUAUCUUUCAAAAACUGUCCAUGCCUUAUAUCCAUGUAGAAAGACUUAUCACAUGUUGAGUUUCUUGAUGAUGUGAUUUUUUUUUUUAAGUACAUAAAUUAUUUUUCAAUAUUUGCUAUUGUAUCUUUUCUAUUCUCUGUACUGAAGUGUUUUGAAGUUUAUUCCUUGUGUGUUGGGCGAACAGACGCUUUUCAUUAUUUGAAUACAGCUGAUAUUUUUCUACUAAUAUUUUAUAUCUUUUUGUGCUCUGUAAAUACUACUGAUGUUCAAUGCACGUGUCCAAAUUUGCACUAGUUUUAAUUGUAAUCCAAUGACAAAUAUAUGUAGUGAUUGCAUAAAUGCAUAAAGGUGAAUUGUUUUUUGUAUUUUCUAUGUUUUUCCAUAAAGCUGAUAACUAUUUUAAAUGUGUGUAUAAACUAAACAGACUGUUUAUUUUCUGGCAGCUCAUUAAAUAACUAUGCCUUUGAGGUACAACACUUUUCACAAUGCAAGUAAAAAACAAAAACCAUA